CACUUAUAUCAUCCGCCAGUAAAAGUUCUAACAAAUCAUUCAAACAAUCUCAAAAAAGACAACAUAAUUUUUUAGUAGUUCAAGUUAAUAAUCAGGGUGCUAAUCCAUAAUAGACCACAAAAAAUCACCAAGAAGGCUGAGAAAUGAAGAAAAAGAAGCACAAAUAAAAUUAGUAAUUGAUGUUGGAUAAUCUUAGUUUACGUUAAAGUAUUUUGUUUAGGGGCGAAGCUACUUAGAGUCUAGGGUGAGCCGUGACCCCGGGAAUAGCCAGACCCCUAGGAGCUUUAGGGAUAUUUAGAAAAACAAUUUAUAAGUAGGACUCAACCGACAUUAUGAUGUGUAAAAGUCAUUUAGUCUGAUACUUGUUAAGCCAUGCUUUUGGUAUGGAGCACACAAGUUCGAUACUCAGGUAGCUCACAUUUUGCUUUAUCCACUUUUUACUAGUGUUAUUAAAGCUUAUCCGAGCCGGUCGGUCGGACCGGGACUCGAACAUCGUUCUGGUUCGGAUCGCCUCCAAAAUCGCAACGGUUAGAAAGGCCGACAGGUGAGCGACCGAAACGGCUAACCAUUCGAGCCGCUCAAACCGCCUGACCGGUUUUUGGUUUUGGCUUAAAAUUAUUUAAAAAAAAGGAAACUCGAUGGAUCUCGAGUUGUUGUCUCUGCCGCCGUUGUCAUCAGGAUUAUUCACUGCCUACCUCGCGUCGCCAUUUUCAGAAAGAAAGAGAGGAGAGGUCAGUGAGUGGGGUUUGGGGAGACAUCGUGAGCUCGUGAGGGUUGAUCCAGCAGCGGGGUUUGGGGAGGAGGUUGGAGGAAGGGUCGAUGUUGGUGCGGUGAGGAGGACGGCGACGGUGUGGGGAGAUAGAGAUGUGAAAGGUUGGGAUGAGCGGAAGGGAUGAGCUGUGAAAGAGAUGUGAAAGCCUGAAGGUGGGGAAUGUGAAGGAAAUCAGAGGGAGAGAGUGGAUGAGCGGCGGGUGGGGUGGGGAUUAUGGAUUUUUUAGUGCUUAUACUUUAUAUAUAUAUGUAAAAUUACUAAGCGGUACCUGCAAAGUAAAUUUCCCUUUAGCUA